UAUAUGAAGCAAACAAAACUCCCGCAAAUGGCGGCAGCGAAGGAAGUACUUCUCUUGUUCUUUCUCGCCAUUGUCGUCGCUCCCUGUAAUGCAUCAGUUUCUCAUCCAGCUCCUUCGUACCCUCCAGAGGCCGCUUCACCUUGGCCAGGACCUUCCUCGCCGGAGCCACCAAGAGCCAGUCCUCCUCCGCCACUCCAACCCAUUUCUCCGUCACCCGGACCGGCUCCAGCGCCGCCCCGCCGUGAAGCAGUCAAGGGGGCAUACUGGCCGUCUUGGCAAGCGGAAACGCUGCCGCCAUCGACCAUCCCAACCAAGUACUUCACCCACGUCUUCUACGCUUUCGUGGAGGUGGACGCCACGAGCUACCAACUCUCCCUCACCCAGCCGGAUAGCCUAUGGAUGGGGAACUUCACCGCCACCCUGCACUGCAGAGUACCGCCGGCCAAGGCCCUCCUCUCCAUAGGCGGCGGGGCCUCGAGCCCCUACACCUUCUCCAACAUGGUGAGCAGCCGCGACAACCGCGCCGCCUUCAUCAAAUCCAGCAUUGACGUAGCCCGGCAAUACGGCUUCGACGGGCUCGACCUCGACUGGGAAUUCCCGCUCUCCCCUCAAGACAUGGCAAACCUCUCGCUGCUCUUUUCCGAAUGGCGCGCUGCCGUUGUCAAGGACAGGCUCGACUCCGGGAAGCCCCGACUCCUUCUGUCAGCCGCCGUCUACUUUGCUUCCAGUCUCUUCUUAACAGACUCUUCCAUCGUUUACCCCGGCGACGCCAUUAAAGACUACUUAGAUUUCAUGAGUCCGAUGUGCUUUGAUUACCACGGCGGUUGGAACACUUCGGUCACCGGAGCUCCUGCGCUGCUGUUUGACAACUCGAGCAACGUCAGCACCAGCUAUGGAGUUUCGACGUGGGUACAGAACGGCGUGCCGCCCGAGAAGCUGGUGAUGGGGCUGCCGGCAUACGGGAGGACGUGGGAAUUGAAGGACCCGAAUGAGCAUGGAAUCGGGGCUCCAGCGAAUGGGACUGGGCCGGGGAAUGGAGGGGUGAUGGUGUACAGUGAGAUAGUGGAUUUCAACUUGGAAAACAAUGCGACUGUGGUGUUUGAUGAAGAAACUGUUUCGACGUAUUCGUAUGAAGGAAUCAAUUGGAUAGGGUUUGAUGAUCGGAGAUCAAUCGGGAAGAAAGUGGAAUUUGCUCGAGAUAUCGGGCUUGGUGGGUACUUCUUCUGGGCGGUUGGAUUCGACAAGAACUGGACCCUGGCCGAAGCAGCUUCCAUGGCAUGGGACCAUUAGAAAUGGGGAACGAGCCCAGCUUGUAUGGAUGACUCCCUGGAGACUCCAAUCUCAUUCUGAUCUUUUUCUUUAUGUAGCAAUAAUCUCCAAUUUGAUUGGUUUGAUGAUAGUAACAAGGAGAAACAAGAUUUUUUUAAUGAACUUUUUAACUUUGAUUUGUUCA